AUGCACUAUGUACGUUUAAAGCUUGUAAUCUUGUCCCUGCAGCCGCCAGAGAUGCUGGAGAAGUGUUUUCUCACCAUUGUCUUGGUUCCCUGUGUGAUCCUCAUUUGGCUGCAAAUCCCUCAGGAUCAAGAAGGCACUUCCAAACAGGUUUCAGACCUCCCAGCAUAUCAUAGCGGUAGGGAGGCCAGGGCAGGAGUGGGAGCAGGAGCCACAAGAGCCGAGGGCACACAAAGGGAGGCAGCUACCUGGCUCUUCUUUCUUGUGGUGGGCAGCAGCAGCAGCAGUAGCUCUGCUUCCAUAGAAGGGUGGGAGCUGGAAUGGCAGCGGGGCCAGCAGAGCAUAGGAGAGCAUAGGGUGCACAGAGCAGCAGCAGGUGGAGAUGCCAGUCCCCACUCUCAUGGUGGGCAGGUCCCCAGCACCAGGAAACCUCCUAUCUUUACUGAAAGGCUAUCAUCAGUCAGAGGCAAGACAUUGCCCCUUGACAUGGCUCCAAACACUUUCGAUGAUGCCUAUACUGGUUGUGUGGAAGAGAUGGAACAGAUCGCUCCCCGCCUGUUUCAGGAAGAGAUGGCCCAAAACCAAAUACUCAGGGAAUCAUGGGAGACUGCCACAGCUUUUUUGAAAAAUCAUCAGAACCUCUCCCUGCCCCCAGGUUUCACAACUCAGCAUGCAAUGGCUGUCAUAGUCUAUACCAACUCAUCCAACAUCCUGCACCGGGAGCUGAACUCAGCUGUAAGGACACUGGGCAGUUCUAUUGAUGCCUACAUGGAACACUUUCCCUUCAAGGCCUUGCACUUCUACCUGAUGCGGGCCCUGCAGCUGCUGAGGGUUCCUGAGAGCUGUAAGGAUGACUCUGGGCAGGAGGUAUUUCGUGGUGUGGGAAGUAUCCACUUUGAGCCCAGGAAACUUGGAGAGAGCAUCCGCUUUGGUCAGUUCACCUCCACCUCUGAGGAAUGGAAGGUGGCCCAGAUGUAUGGAAAUGCUACCCUCUUUACCCUGAGCACAUGCUUUGGGGCCUCCAUCAAGAAACUCUCCAUCUUCCCCAAUGAGCAAGAAGUGCUCAUCCCACCAAAUGAGGUAUUCCAGGUGUCUAAUUUCUCCCAGGAGGGAGCUCAAAAUCUGGUAACUCUCAGAAGCCUCAAACGGACCUGUAGUAACUUCAACUGUGCAUACCUGAAGAGUGAGUAUUAA